ACUGCGCGGCGCUACAGUCCUGGGACCUAAAUUUGGCGGGAAAGCGUUUUUUGUGUGCACGUCUGGUAUGGAGUCUUCAUCGCCGUUUCGUUCUUUAAACAAAGGAGAUGAAUAAAAGCGACUUAUUGCCCCGAUGUCGCAACCGUCGCGGUGUGCGAUUCACUGUUGUAAACGAAGACAACGAGCGAGUCUACUUUGUUGAGUUCAUUUGUCAGGCGCGUUCACGUACAGACAGACGUGUUCUAAUGCUACCCUAUACUUUUAAUAUUCAGCCCCUGAUAUGAAGCCAGUGCUGGGUGAAGGUCCUCCCCACGCCCGUUUCGGUAAACGGGGGAGCGGGCAUGGAGUGCUCUGUUGUCAAAGUACUGCCGGAUAUGUUUCGUAAACGUGCUGUAAAGUACUAAUCGGCUUGCGUGGGUUUUUUUUUCGUUCAGGGACACCGUACACUGCGGGAGGACUUGGUGUCGAGAAGCUACUGCAGACCCGCGCACAAGCGGCUGGGACGCCACUUGCGUCGGGAUGCGGCUGCAGUGCGACGUGGAGACCUCGAGCCGCCUGCUGCCGUCGUGUGGCCUAAGGGGUCGCGGGCGCGGGAUCUGGUCGGCCCUUACCAUCGGGGCCCGUGGCGGCGGUGCCGGCAGUGCCGCCGCCGGUGGUGCUGGUGGUGGUGGCGGCGACGGUGGAGAUAAGGACGGCAGGAACGCGCACGGCCAGCUCUGGCUCAUGGUCUGCAGCAGCAAGGACAAAGCCGGCUCCAGAUACAAGCUCAAAGGGAAUAUCGAGCAGCUCUUCACGAAGUUUGUCGAUGAAGGAAAAGCCACCGUGCGGCUUAAGGAGCCCCCGGUUGACUUGUGCCUCAGCAAGGCGAGCACAGUGGGGCUCAAGGGUUUCCUGUCGGCACUGCGGCUGGCGCACCAGGACCACAACGUCUCCUCGAUGCAUAUCUCUUCGCUGGCUCCCGCCCGCUCCUCGGACGUUGAGAAGCCGCGCGAGCGCAUGACUGUACUUGCCCGUGCCGAUUACCCACUCAUCGCCGGCUUCCCCAGCUCCCUCCAGACGCUGCAGGUUUCCAACUGUCGCCUGUCGCGCGUGGACAGCCGCAUGCUGAGCCUGCGCCACCUGUGCCGCCUCGACCUGAGCCACAACCACGUACGAGAGCUGACGGCAGCGCUCUCCUCGCUCGGCUGCCUGGCCGAGCUCGUCCUCGCCGACAACCACCUGGAGGCGUUCCCCUCCGCGCUGUGCUCCGACGACUCAGCGCUGCGCCGGUCGCUGCGCCUGCUCGACCUCUCGCGCAACCGCCUGCGCUCGCUGCCGCACAACUUCGGCCGCCUUAGUGAGCUUGCGCACCUCCGCCUGGACGACAACCGCCUGACGGCGCUGUGGCGCGGGCUGGGCCGGCCCAACGCCGGCGUUGGCCGGCUGAGGUCCCUGUCGGCAGCGCGGAACGCCGUUGCACGGCUGCCUGGUGGGUUCGCGCGCCUGCGCCUAGAUGUGCUGGACCUGCACGGGAACCCGCUGGAGCAGCCGCGACCCCGCGACCUUGUCGCUGUGCGACUACUGCUUCCUCCGACACUGGCCGAGCUGGCGGCACGAGCGGCGAAGGCGUGCAGGCUGCCCUACUGUCCAGCUUCGGUGCCGGCUGAGCUCUGCCGAUGGCUCGACGCGGCCGAGCCGUGCGAAGGCUGCGGUAGUUUUGCGCUCGACAGCUUCGUGGCCGCGUCUCUGCCGCUAGACCUGCGGUGCAUCGCCACUCAGGUGGUGCUGCUGGACCAUGGUGGCAGAGGCCAGGAGGCCCCUCGGCUUGUGUUCUUCUGCUCCCGUGCCUGUCACCAGCGCUUCAUUCUGAAGCUCUGACAGCGUGAACUUUAUAUACCAAAGAAAAAAAGCACCAGAGUAAUCAAAGUUCCCCUCGUUGAACUUCAAUGAGAAAAGCCUACUCACGUAUAUUUUGCUCGGGUAUGAAAGUUCUAUGAAAUUGUUGCUUAUGGACCAACUCAGAGAAUGUUCCCGAUCUCAUCUAUGGUUGUUCCUAGCUGGUGCUUGAAUGGGUGACCACCAUGCACAAUAAUAGGUUGCUGUGGGUCUAUGUGGUGGGCAGUGUGGCAAAAUCCAUUAUUAUAAUGCACUUCUAUGCUCCAAUUUGUUCCCAGCCUUCACAAACCCACAGCUGACCAUGGUGAAGUAUGGUUAAAUAACCCACCCCCACAUCACAUGACGUGCAUGGCCAACCAUUCCAAUGCAGGACCCUCCUGAUUCGGUCUUGGGACUUGAAGCUCUGCUGUGUAAAACCAGGCAAUGACAGCUCUAAGUUUCAACUGCCCUCCUGCUGCCACUCUGUACCUGGUCACUUUAUAUUGUUAAAGAGAUCUCAAUACCUACUGUAGCUUUGGAUAAAUAAGCCUAAAAACAGUGGGGCAAGAUUAAUUCCUGCCGUUAUCUGGAGAGAGUAAUUUCAGGCAAUUACACACUUAUACUUGAAGCAUUUUUUUUAUUUAUCAUUACCAUGACACAUUACAAAUUAAAUAAAAAGCACAGCAUUAUCUUGUUGCAGAUGCUUUCUGUAACAUAUAUCACGCUGAACACAAGGAUUCACUUUUCAUUUCAAAUAAGUUAGCUUGAUAUUAGGUCUGCAUGAGAACUGUUCACUUUCAUUUAAAGCUUUAGGCAUCACCCUUGCCAAGGGUCACUGAUUCUCAGAUUUAAAUAUAUUAAUUUCGCAAUGACAUCAAAAUUAAUCAGACUUUCACAAUGUGAUAACCAGUGGUGUAAAAAAAAGACUCCUUUCGGGAAGGAGCCAAACUGAGCAACAUCGUUUACAGGCACUUUGUUACGCAACAUUGUGGCUUUCAAGCUGCUGGUGUAAAAAAAACGAUGGGGCCCAUUCAUUCAUAGUGCCUUGGCAGUGGAACUUAAAAGAAAUGCAACAGCAAAUGGGAUCCUAGUAGCCAAAUCAUAGGUUGCCUGUGGUCUCUGGCAACACAUCACCCAAAACGCAACGAUUGUGUUCCAAGUGGCUGCACGAGGCAGUGGCUACAGUCGGGCUGAGCAGAGCAGGUUAUUUAGAAACUCGGGAGCUCUGAACUGAUGUAUAUUCAUUAAAAAAUCUUAAUUUUUUUGUUACAAUUAACUAUGUUACACGUUAUUUAUAAAAUUUCGAUUUGUAUUGCAUGUGAAGAUGCUGAACAUUCAAUUUACUUAAUGCAAGUUGUAGUCUUAUUGUUUGUUGAGAAUGUCAAACAGCCAGGGAUAACGUUCUGUGAACAUCGCUGUACUCGCUAGGAGUAAGCUUGAUAUCGUUUUUAAUCCAAUCGCCCAGUGUGGACGUGGUGGUCACCCUUGUGGGUUCUGGGACCUGCCCAAACCCUUCAUCUCCACAACCGAUUGCACACACACACGGCCCAUAUUUAUUUCUCCAAAAGUAUAUAUAUUCUGUUUACAACUGUUAGACAUUCUUUUGUAGAUUCUCAGGCAAAUAAGGAAAAGUAUCAUUUUUUUGGAUUGUAAUGGAUAUUUGGAAUUUAACGGUUUUACCAUUCACAAAUUAUUGAAACGUUCGAACUAAAGUUCAAGAUUUAUUUUUUAAUCAGUUAUUCUUUUUGAUCUUGGGGUGCAAAACAAGACAGU